GGAAGUGCUGGGGCAGAGUUACACGGGUAGAGGACUUUAGCGGGGACCACGUGUGUGAUGUGAAUCUCCAUCUUUUUUUGGACAUGGCUACCAUCUACACUGGUAUCUAUCAAAAGCUGAAAAGCUCUCAGACACCUUGGGCAGAUAAACUGAAGCUUGCUCGAUUUGCAUUGGUAUCAAGGCAAUGCCUUCUUCCAAACAAGGAACAGGUUUUGCUUGACUGGACUACUAAUGCCCUUUCUGCCUAUUACAACAAGAAAGCAGAAGUUCCAUUUAAAGAAGUGGAAGGCUUAUGGAGCUACCUGGACGAAUUUCUUCACAGCCAGAGGAUUAAACAUGUCUUGAGCAAAGGAAAGACUAUUACUGUGAACCCAGCAGUGUGUCAGAUAAUCAUUGAAAGGAUUCAAGAAGCCAGCUCAGGAACACUGUCUGUUAGCCUGUCCACUGUUUUGAGCUGCUGUCAGGGGAUUGUGAGCUCUCCUGUCCUCUCUGUGAGCUACACUGCCAGAUGCGAUGUUUUGGUGCAACUACUGGUUAAAGUCUGUGGUUUGGCCUGCUAUCAGCUCAGCCAGCAGGAGGAAUGUUCUGAGCCUCUUUCACUAAAUGUGUUUGAGGUUCUGUUCCUUGUGCUCAAUUCCUACCUGACUGUACAAAAACAGCAAGGCAACUCCAACAGAGUUUUUACUCAGGUCACAGAACACCUUUUGCAGCCGCUUUGCCUGCUUAGGCAUCUACUGAGCAGUAGGACGUGGACUGAGAGGGAUGACCCGAGAAUCAGGCAGAAUCUGAACAAAGAGAUCCGGAGUAAAGUGGACAUGAUUCUUCAGUCAGCUCUCUUCUUCGAUGACCGCCUACCAUGUUAUAAAAAAGAAGUUUUGCCACCAGAACGAGAAUCGAGCUCCAAAAAGGGAUCUACUGGCAAUAUCUUACUCUGCCCUGUUGCUACAAUUCUGUCAAAACUUGUUCACGGACAUGGAGUUGAGAAAGAGGCUUUGUUGUAUGCUGUCAGGUGCAAUUCUCUCCCGUUACUGUUUAAGUUUGCUUUAGAUUCAUUUGGAAAAGAUGACGACAACAAGCUAGUUUGCUUUCAUAUUAUGACAAAGUUUAUCCUGGCGUUAGAGUUUACAGACGACCUGCAAAUCAAGGAGACAUUUAAUCCAGAACAUUGGAAUAUUGUUCUACUUUCUCUGGAGAACAUGUUGAACUCCUGCCUGGCUGGAGACAUCUAUAAUGUAGCCGCAGACAGAAUUCACCACGGCGAGGUGCAGCUAACGUUCUACAGGAAAGUAGCGCAACUUUUGUUUAGCAAUGCACAAACAGACAAACCCUCCUGGUACCGAUGCCUAAAAACCCUGCUUGCACUGAACCACUUAAUCCUGGAGCCUGAUCUUGAUGAGCUUGUCUCCUCAGCUUGGGUGGAUGCAGAGAACACUGAGUUACGUGUGAAAAAAGCUCGUGAAACACUUGUUUCUGAGGUCAUACGGACCUACGCGAAGCUACGACAGCUUCCAAGACUCACAGAGGAAGUGCUAAUCGUGAUCACCCGUCCGGCUGCUGAUGAACUGAGACCAGAGCUGUUAACUGAAGCUGUGCAGAAAACAUUGAGUCAAUGUCUCUUGGACAGCCCUGCCAGCCAGAACCUAGAAAUCUGCAGACGCAUUCUGGAGAAGAUACAAAGUGAGCUUACUUAUGUGAAGGAAAUGAGAAAGGAGUCUGCCUUGAAACUGUUAUCUCUGAGUGUUCUUCUUCAUACGGUCGUCUUUAGUCUGAAGACAGUUGAUGAUAGCACCCCAGUCCCUCUGGUCAGGCAGACCCAGAGUAUGAUGGAGCAGAUGUUUAGGUUGGUUGGAUCAUUGUUGGAGUGUCUUGAGGGGCUUGUUAGUACAGAUACCCUCUGGAUAGACAAGAUUCAAGAGGUUAGUCUUCUUCUUACUUACAUAUGGCAUGAGGCUGACUCCCUCUUUCAGAAUCACUGCAGCAAAUACACAUCACCAGCUGGCACAAGUACAGUGCGCCCUGUGUCUGAUACAGUAGAGAAAGUUCUGGCUCUGAAAGUCAGUAGUAGCCCACUGAGUAGGCUUCUUCAGAAGCUUCUCGCUGUCCAUAGGAUAAAGAAACAUUUGCUUGUUUCUCCUUUGCCUGUGUUAAACACAGACAAUAAAAGACACACAAUUCUUUGUGAAAGUGCUCAGUUUGUAGUAAACAGGCAAGACUCUUUAAUAAACCUAAGUACCGACCAAACGUGGGACCUCCAGCUUUGCAAUGUGAAUAACGACACAUAUUCUGUGGCCUGCUGGUUCCUUGUAACCACCAAUCUGCCGUUAAUUGCUCCAUACCUCUCAAAGGAAGAUGCAUGUCACAUAGCAGACGCUAUGUUGAACUCCUUGCUUCAUAGCGACCUUGGAAGCAAUUCAGAAAAUGAUGACAUGUCAGUCUUUCUAAUUUCAAAGCAACUACUCGAGAGCGCGGUUCUUUGUGAACUACCUGGCUUGUAUUCAGCCUUGGUGAAGUCUGUAACAAGCAGGUUUUUUUCUCACGUACAGUCACAGUGUCCAUCAUUUUCUAAGUCUGUACAGACAGAUUUAAGUGUUGAAUCUCUAGCCAAGGGUGAGCACAUCCCUGAGGUCUCACUUUCUAUGAAGAGACUGAAAACCAUAGCAGAGGAGAUCAUUAAGUCCAUUCAAAGUGGUGUGUCUGUACCAGUAUCUCCAACCCAAGUAGAAAGCCUCUUGCAGCUGAUAAAGAUUGCAAGUGUCCUGGAUCCACAUGCGAUGUCACCUGAAGAUUACUCAGAACUAUUUCUGAGUGCACUUGUCUUAAACCUUUGUGCUCAAAGUGAUGAAAAUGGAGUACAGUCAGCACCCCUUAACCUUUUAAAUGAGCUCUUUAGAUUCAUGACGGGGCUGCUGAUGGGUCAAAAUUCACAUGUGUUUCUCAAGAUUGUACAUGGAAGUGCACUCUUGGAGGCAACUAUGAGCUCUAUUUUCUGUUGUUUCAGCAAGGGCCUGUUUCACACUGUUGACAGCACUGCCUGGUUCCCUUUCCUUCAGUCAGCCCAAGGCUUCAUCCAAAGCCUAAUUCAGCUGGUACUCAGUCGGAAGAGCAGCGUACGAGUCACUCUGGAGAAGUUUACGAAUUUCCUCAUUGAAAGAGUAGCAGCUGGUGAAACAAUGUCUAAGGAUUUGGGGGAAUAUGAACAGGCUCUCUAUGUACAGCUUCACUUAGCAACAUUAAGCACACUAUGUAAAGAAAUGAUUGUUGUCCUUGGGAAAAACAAGCAGCUGGAUGGGACUCUUCUUCAGUUAUUGGAGAAAAUCUUCUUUAAAAUGGGACCAGCCAUCCAGGAUGUGUUGACGGGCAAGGCAACCAGUGUGCUCCGGCAGUCGUUCUGUGUUGAUGUGGUGACAGUGAUGAUUAAGUCUGAACUUGCGAUGGCUUCUCAUCAGACUCUGUCUGAAGACAUUUCUGAAGGCGAUGGAAGUGCCAGAAUGUCUCACAUGGCUCUCUACAAAAGCUUUGGCCAGCAGAUCUUGAAGGAAUUAUGCCCAGCGCCUCGACCCUUUGAUUUCAUCUUUUCAUCCAUCCAUUACCUCUCAGCAUUUUACGUGGCUGCUGAGACUACUAAGGAGCUGGAUGUCAAAGAUCUCCAUUUUACCAUUCUUCAAUGUGUUCAUAAACUUUUGUCAGGUAUAUUGCUGUCUGUAUCAGAAGUCAAAGAACUUGAGGAACCAAUCAAAGACCUGCUUGCUCAGCUGAUGGCCAGAUGUUCACAGGAACAGUUCCAUUUGGUGUUUCUCUUGCUUCGAGAUGGACUUGUUGCUUCAAAGAUUGAAAGUGGUAGCCACAAAGAAACUCUUGCAACCCUGACUCUAAUAAAGCUUCUUGCCUGCUGUCCGCUACCACAUACCUUCUCAAGGAAAUUCUGGCUUACUGUUCCACAGAUCUUAUCUUCUCUUGUUCAUGUGAUAAGAGAGUCCAGUGCUCUGCCUUCCUUGACAAGUGUACUGACUGUGCCAGCAGUGGAGACAGUGACCACACUGCUCCGUCAAGGAGAGUCUCAGCUUUCGAACCCACAUCAUAUUAUUCUUGGGCUGGGAGGUCUUCACUUUGUGCCCCUGGACAGCAGGUCCAUUGAUGACUACUAUUCUGCAUUCCAGUCCAUCCAUGAGGUCUUGUAUACACUCUACCUGUGCUAUCCUUUGGUGAUGCUGAAGGCAGCGCCGACCUUUCUGAACUGUUUUUAUCGUCUGGUGACAUCAAUCAUACAUGAGGGCGGGCAGAGGACUGAGAAGGAGAAAGAGAAGGAUUCUGAGACUCUUUUAAAGUGUGCCAUGCUAGUGGAAAGAAUGUACAGUCACAUUGGCAGCACAACAGAGGGUUUCACGGACUUAGCCUCUUUCAUUGUGGCUCAGUAUGUUGGCGAACUGCAGAAGGUGACUCUUAAACCAGAAAUCAAGGCACACCUAACAGAAGGCAUCUACCGUGUCCUGGACCUCUGCUCUGAAAAGGCUAUAAAAUUCUUGAAUGUGACACUGCAUGCAGGUGUUAAAGAGGUCUUUAAUGAGCUGUACAAAAACUACACACACUACCACAAAUCUAAAAUGCAUGGUGAAAAGAGGUAUGCUGCCUGAAAUGUCCCCUUUCUGUGUUCUUGAACUGCCAAAAUGAGCAUUUAGAUACAUUAAAAAAAUAAACCAAUAUGUUUUGUAUAAUUUAACUAUUCUUGUUUUAAUAGCAUAUAGUAUUUAUCAACUCUUUUCUUUUCUUUUUUUUUACACUAAAAUGUAAUUGUUAUAUAUUUCAAAUCCUAUUUGCUGAAAUUGAUUUUCUAAAAAGGUUCUGUUCUGUGUGUAAUAUGUAAAUAAAAAAAAUAAAGUGAAAUGUCUU